AUGUCAUCUGAAGAUUCCAAAAUCGCCCGCCGCCGGGCAAAGAACAGAGACGCACAGCGACGACACCGACAAGCAACCCGAGCGAAGCUAGCGGAGCUGGAAGCUCUGAAGUCGUCCCAGCGCCACGGCCGCGGCCCUCUCUCCCCAGAUGUCCUGCCCGCGCUGUCCCCCGCGACCGCCUCAAGCUCUUCAUGGGAAGAAUCGCUCAGUCUCGAAGAUGCGUCGCAUCUGUGUCUCCUUCGCUCCGGCCGCCCGCCCGGCCAGCAGCCCCGGUCCCAGCUCCCGCAGCUGCUCAAAAGCCCCCCGCCCCCUCCCGCCUUUUGCCUAGAGCACGACGCAUCCGGGCUGAGCCCGCUCGAUCUCGACCUCUCCCUACCCGGCGUCGACAACUGGAAACUCGACACAAGCCCCACCAAGGGUCUAUCCGAAGCCGCCACCGCGCGGAGCAUCAGCAGCAGUAGCAGCAGCAGCAGCAGCAGCGGAGAUUCAUUCACCAGCACGAUCGCCAGGGCGCACGAAACCCAACCCUCCGGUCUCGACGAGGUGCAGUGCAAAUCCGCGCUGCAUCUCGCCGCGGUCUCGGCGAACGUCGAAUGCGUGCGGACGCUGCUGGCAUACAAUGCCGAUGUGAAUGUCGUCGACGGCAAUGGGCGCACCCCGCUGCAUGUGUGUGCCGCGACGGGGAACACGGCGGAUCAUGUUGCGGUGGUGCGGUUACUGGUGAACUCGGGCGCGAGUCUGUCGACGAAGGAUCACCGGGGUCUGACGCCUUUGCAGGUGGCAGCGGAAGCGGGGAACCACCGGAUCAUUGAGGCGUUGAUACUCUUGGGUGUAGAUGUGAAUGCGGUCUGA